CACCACAGGCUCGGGUGACCGAGCGCUGGCACGGGCAGCCCGCAGAGGCUGCGGAGCCUCCUCCCUCCUUGGAGACGCUUCAAAGCUGUCGCGAUGGCGGCCAGCCUGCCCUAGGCGGCCCGCCUGGACCAGGGCCGCGCACUGUGCCCCCGCAGGCUCCCGCCGACCCCCGCCCCGCGGCGCUGUGCCGCUGUGACACCGCCCCUGCGGCAGCGCCCCCCGGCCGGUGCCGGUGUCGGGGCGGUGCGGGGCGCCGAGCUCCGCCCGCCGGCGGCGGGGCCUGUGCGCCGAGUGGUUCGGGGAGGCGGGCGGAGGACAUGUUGUCUCCGCGGCGGAAAGGGCGCUGCGGCCGUUCCCCGCCGGCCCCCGAGAAGCGAGCCCCGGCGGCCCGGGAGCCCGGCGGCGGCGGCGGCGGCGGCGGCGGCGGCGGCCACGCCAUGGAGGAGAGCGGCGGCUUUCGGCUGUCGGCCGAGUGCCUGGACGAGCCGCCCAACAGCCGCGUGUUCGUGGUGCUGGGCAAGGACGCCGGGGAGGCGCUGAUCCGGGAGCGCUUCUCCCCGUUCGGGGACAUCCAGAACAUAUGGCUGCUGCGGGACAAGCGCACCAACGAGUCCCGCGGCAUCGCCUUCAUCAAGUUCGCCCGCAGCUCGCAGGCCUGCCGGGCCAUGGAGGAGAUGCACGGCCGCAGCCUGGUCCCCGACACCAAGCCCAUCAAGGUAUUUAUUGCACAGUCAAGGGCUUCUGGAAGCCACCGAGAUGUUGAAGAUGAGGAGCUUACACGUAUCUUUGUUAUGAUACCAAAGUCCUAUACAGAGGAAGAUCUGAGAGAGAAGUUUAAGACGUAUGGAGACAUUGAAUAUUGCAGCAUUAUUAAAAACAAGACUACUGGAGAAAGUAAAGGGUUGGGCUAUGUGAGAUACUUAAAACCAUCACAAGCUGCCCGAGCAAUUGAAGAGUGUGAUCGAAGCUACCGGGCCAUUUUGGCUGAACCUAAAAAUAAGUCAUCAGAGUCUUUUGAACAUGAAUACUACAGUAAUAACACAAGACAAGAACCAAGAGGAAAUGCAUUUCCAUUUUGUGGGCAGCCAGAGUUUUGUAGUUUUGAAAAAAACGAGAGCCGAAUUCAGGAGUCAGUCUCCAAACGUCUGUCAGUGGUAUCACGACUUCCUUUUGUCCAAGAGCAGCUGUUUGCCCUCUUUGAUCUAGUCCCAGGACUAGAGUAUUGUGAUGUUCAGCGAGAUCCUCAUACUAAUAAUGGGUACGCUGUGAUUCAGUACAGUACUGCAGCAUCAGCUAUAUAUGCCAAGUAUAAACUACAUGGUUUUGAGUAUCCUCCUGGAAACCGAUUAACUGUCAUUUUUCUGGAAGAUGGGAACGAUAGUUCAGACCUCAUCAGAAAAAUGGCAACACAACUGGUAACAGCACACGUGUCCUCAGUGUUGCGGAAUAACAAUCCAAUUGUUCAGCAGUAUAGGACACCUCCUCAGGCUUUUGGAGGAAACUCUGGAUCACAAUUACUUCAACCACAAACUGAUGCCAUACUUCCACCACACAAAAAAAAAGUUCCACCUGACACUUCUGUAAAAGAAAGGCUUUUCAUACUUUUUCAUCCCCAUCCUUUACCUGUGAAUGUAUUGGAGGAUGUUUUCUGUCGUUUUGGCCACUUGAUAAAAGUUUACCUUGUGUCUGGAAAAAAUGUGGGCUAUGCGAAAUUUGCAGACAGAGCAAGUGCCAGUGAUGCCAUAACUGCGUUACACGGCAAGAUUGUGAAUGGUGUCAGGCUUAAAGUAAGGUUGGCAGACUCGCCUACGGAGGAAUCUAACAAACGUCAGAGAACUUACUAAGUAGAAACUAAAUAAUGACAUGACCCUCAGAUGACUGACUGACUGACUGAAAACGUGACUAGACAUGGUUCCUGUGGACAGUGACUCCUUUUUUGUUAAGAAAAUUGAUCUUUAUAUAUUUACACAUGGUACUUUGUUUUCAAAAACAUAGCCAUGCACCUAUUUAAAAACAAACAAAAAAACCCUAUUAAGCCAUCUAAAAUUGUAUGUUGAUGGUUGUUCUUGUAGUAGCCUGUCAUCCUGUAUUAUGGAAAUAUAUCUCUUGUGCUUAACUGAGUUCCUUCUCUAACAGGGAAAGUACAAUGAUGGGAGGGGGGAUAAAGGAGUCAGCAUUUUGGGGCUUGACUUGAUAAUGAUUCAGAUUAUGACUGCUAAAAUAGAAGGCACUUCCAGUGGCCAGAAUUUCAUUGAAGUACAUCAGUAAAUUAAAAUUAAAUAACUUUCAAAAUGUACUAGCAAGUCUAUCAGUAUUAAGUCAAAUUCAAGAGAACAGCUGUACUCAUAAAAAUGAUUCAAGUAUGCUCUUAAAUAUUUCAUUGAUUUGGGCCAAAACUAUUCAUUAAGCUUUAUGUGCUGUUUAGUGCAAAGGACAUUUGACUAUGGGUCAGACUAUCAGAGCUGCUUGUGUUGCCCUUUACCAUCUUGAGUCACUUUCAUUACAACUAUGGGGAAAACAUGGAGUCCGGGGACUUUUUUUUUCCCAUCUUUCAUUUUUGAGUGCUUGAGUGCUAUUUUUUUUUUUUUUUUUUUUUUUUCAGAAUCUUUCAAUGAAUAUGUUGUUUAAGAAUCAGAUAAUCGAACAAUUCGGUGUUUUGACAGGACAAAGAGAAUUGAGCAUUGAUGAAGAGUAAACAAACUUAAUUUGGAUAAGUAUUAGCACAGAUAACUUUCAAACACCAAAUACUUUCCUGUGUACCCUGAGUACUAUUUGUUGAAUUGAAUAAAUGCUUGUUAUUAAAAUAAUUCUUACAGAUAAAAUUGAUAAAUUCUAGUUGUAUGCACACUAGUGUACAAGCAUGCUCUCCUGGAAACAUGUACCUGGUUUCCAAUUUUUCCAUUUGCAGUCCCUUGAUCAUCAAAUGGGGGGAGACAAGUGAGCAGCCACAACUUGCUCUCUUUUUGAGCACCUUUGGAAAGAUAUCCCUCCAAAAAUUCCCCAAUCCACAGGAAAAUAGGUGAGAAUGCAGUCCUACUAUCUAAUAUUCCUGGGAAGGCUUUGGCAUUUGUUUCUAUGCAGCUCUCUGUGCUGCAGAAUCAUACUACUUUGUUACAGUCUUUGCCUUCUUCAUCUUCUUAGGCCCCCUUACUCUUUUCAAGACAACUAUUUCUUAUUGGGGGAAUCUUUGCAGCCUCAUUUCUAGUGUUCCAGGCUCUUGACUUUCCCAGUCCUAAUGGUCAACGUGCAGGAGCACAAUGCCUUUUAAUUAGUGAUUUGUCUCUUGUCUCUUAAUUUAAGCUAUGCAUUUAAGUACAAAAGAUGACCUCCUUUUCUUGCAUUGUUUACUCUUCAAGGAGAAGGAGGAAAUAAGGUUUUGGUAUUUUCCAACUGUAAGUAGCUAAGAACUGAGGAUGAAACCAUUUAAGAAUUUUUCUGUGGUGUUUUACAGAGUCAAAAGGCAUGCACCCAUCAAAGUAACUUGGCGGAGGGAGGGGAGGGGAAGGUAGGGAAGAGGAGCAAGCGGAAGAGCAGAGCUUGAUACAAUCUUUUUAACUGGAAAACAUGCUUACUCAAAACUUACACCUUUACCAUUCAGUGCUUCACAGUCAGCUGUCUCAAACUACUUCUGUAAUAAAAAAAAAAAACCUAGGCUAGCCUUUCAGCAAUGUAAUGUGAGUGCACCUACUACUGAAUUCAUACAAUUAGAAUAAUAGUUACAGGCAGAGUGCAGAACUCUUCUAGCGCUGCGAUUAUUUUAAAGUAUUUAGUGAAUUGUUCUCUGAUGCAAGAUACAGGCACAUCAAGCUUUUUUAAUAGAGAGGCAUUGCUAAGAGUAUUUUUACAUUAGAGAAGGUAGGUGAGAAUGAGCUGCUGUUGCAAUGGUUCAGAAGUUUAGAUUUGAAGUGGCAGAAGUUGUACUUAAUGCAGAACAGCAUUAUUUCUUAAGCUAAAAGAGUAUUAAAAUUCAAAUGCGCAAGCAUUGGGAACUUGCAGAAUGAAGGUUGCCUAAGAAAGCUCUCUUGCUCCUCUCCAUUCCCCUCAUUUCUGUUAUGAUGCAGUCCUUGAUGAAUCACCAUCAGCUUUUUUCCCCAAGAGCAAUUGUUUCAUUCAGCACAAAGACUGAAAAUGAAUUGAGGUUGCAUGGUUAAAGGAGACUAUAAAAUUCCUGCUUAACUUGUUGCACAUUUUAGAAAUUAUAUAGUGAACUAAAGUGCUUUAUGGUUAAGCCUGGAGAAUUGGAUCUUAUCUUUGACUGUAACACUGAAGUUUGUGAGGAUUGUUGCCAUUUCUCUGAAGCUCCUCUGGAAAAAUCCUGUCUGUCCAUCACUGUUUCCCUUUUUCCCCAUAAAUUUUAGGUAAACCUGGGGCUUUCUUGUGUUUGAUUAGGGGAAACAGUUCUGACUAGUGUGCCAUAGAUCCAAAACUCCAGAAUCAUCAAGCAGCAUCUUUGCAGACUUAACUGUAUUGUGUAUGUAUGCACGCAUGUGUGCAGUGAGUCCAAUAUUUUUAGAAAGCUUUGGUUCUGCUGUGCAAAUGUGACAGUCAUCCUGCUUGUAUAGUGGGUCUGGCAUGCUGCUGAGUGUGCAUGAUGCAGUGUAUCUGUAUGUCAGGAGUAAGCUAAAACACAGCCUACAAGUGGUGGUAUGCUGUGCCAGUGCAAACAUCUUUGCAGUGUAUGUGUAGGAGAUCUGAUGGUUUUUCUUUUUUUACAAAUCUGAGGCAACUAUAUGCAUCAUGCUACACAAGCACUUCAAGUAAACUUUUCCUUUAGGUU